AUGGAUAGGGAGGGAGACCUGAGUUUUCCCAACAAUGUUGUGUACGCGGCGAAGCAGGUCUACAGCCUCCGGAGGCUGUUCUUUGCCUGCAUGGUCGCCGGCGGCAUCCAGUACGCCUGGGCGCUGCAGCUCUCCCUCCUCUCCCCCUACUCUCAGAGUCUUGGGAUCCCACACCACCACGUUUCCCUCACUUGGAUCUGCGGACCUAUCGCUGGGUUUGUUGUGCCACCCAUCGUGGGUUACUACAGCGACCGGUGCACGGCGAUGAUGGGCCGGAGAAGACCCUUCAUCGUCGCCGGAUGUCUCAUCAUCUGCCUCUCCGUGAUGCUCAUCGGCUUCUCGGCAGACAUUGGGCGGCUACUCGGCGACACCAAGGAGCAUUGCACCACCAGCACGGGCCCUCGCUGGGCUGCCACAGCCGUGUAUAUCGUCGGGUUCUGGUUCCUCAAUUUCGCCAACAAUGCCGCCCAAGGUCCGGCUCGUGCACUCAUGGCUGAUCUCUCUGCUGGAAACUAUAUGCCCAGCGUCGGGCAGGCCAUCUUCUGCGGGUGGAUGGCCAUCGGCAACGUCCUGGGCUAUAUGGCCGGCGCCGACGGUGAAUGGCACGUGUGGCUCCCUUGGCUCAAAACUGCGGCGUGCUGCGAAGCCUGCGCAAAUCUCAAGGGCGCCUUCCUCACCGCUGUGAUCGUCAUUAUCAUCAGUACGUCCAUCACCAUGUAUAUUGCUGAAGAGAAGCAGCUCUACAAUGCCGACGUGGAGGCCUCCUCUGGCCGCCGUGGAUGCAUAUGCCGCUUUGGCGACUUCUUCAACAGCUUGAAGAACCUUCCCCCAUCUAUGUUCAAAGUGCUCGCCGUCACGGCUGUAACCUGGCUGGCGUGGUUCCCCUUCAUCCAGUAUGGCACUGACUGGAUGGGCAGGGAGAUCUACCACGGCGAGCCGCAGGGGCCCAAGGUGGCCGUCUACUACGCCGGCGUCCGCGAGGGCGCCGUCGGCCUGCUGCUCUCUUCUAUGUGCCUCUUGGCCGCCUCCUUCAACACCCCCCACCUUUGCGGUAGGCUCACGUCCAGGGUCGUGUGGUCCUUAAGCAACUUCAUCCUAUUUGGCAUCAUGACAGCCAUGGUGAUCCUUGGCUUGGUCUCCACCAAGGGGUACAACGCGUCUUUCACGGCUGGCCUCACCGGCCCUGACCCCAAGCUCAGGGUCAUCGCGCUCUCCCUCUUCGUGCUCAUCGGAAUCCCACAGGCCGUGUUGUUCAGUGUACCGUGGGCUGUUGCUUCUAAGGUUGCCGACGACGGUGGCCAAGGCCUCGCCAUUGGUGUCCUGAACAUUGGCAUCGUCGUGCCACAGCUGAUUAUCGUGCUCACCGCUGGCCCGAUCGAGAAAGCCUUUGGAAAGGGCAACACACCGGCAUUCGGCAUUGGUUGCGCCUUCGCCUUCAUCUGUGCAGUCCUUGCGCUCAUCCUCCUUCCCAAGACAAGAGGCACGAGAGGGACGUCCAAUGCCACCGCCAUGGCCUCCAGGGAGCGCUGAUAUGGUACAUCCUCAGGCACGAGAGGGACCUUGGAUGCAAACUUGUUCUCAAGCUAAGUGGGUUAUCUACGAGCAAUUAGAAGACUAGUCACAUUAUUUUAUUUCGUGAUUUACGAGCAACACGACCUGUGCACCAGUGUUUUUUCUGUAAAUAUACUGCUUAAUUUUUUGGUACGUUAUCACCCCCCAU